CAUCUCUAUCAGCCAGGGAGCGUAUUUUAUUCUCUGUGGUUUUAGAUAGGCGUUUCAUGCAAUUUAUCAAAAACAAAGAGAAUUUAUGAAAAGAAAAUAAUUUUAAUAUAGAGACGCGUAAAGUCUUCAAUAGAAGUUAUUAGUGAGAAGGAAAUAGUGUUGGUUGUAAAAAUUCUAAAUUACUACAAUCGUGUUUACUGGAUACCCUAAAACAAAGUGCAGUGAAAAUGUCUGGACAUAAAUACAUCAGCAAUGCUAACAAUUUAUUUGAAGAUGAUGUCGAUGACGACACUUUUGUGUCUAGUUACAGAUCAAGAAUUCCACCUGCACAGUCGAAGCCUGUUCCUCCGUCAUAUGGUGGAGGUCACAUAGCGGAAUUGGAACGUCAAAGACAAACAAUGCUAGAAAGACAACGCGAAAUCGAACAACGCACUUUAGAUUCUUCAGCAAGAAGCAUAGGUCUGCUACGCGACUCUGAAAAAAUAGGCAUAGAUACCGCAGAAGAACUAGCUCGUCAACGAGACGUCCUUCAGAAUACAAAUAAAAGACUUGAUGAAAUAAAUACGAAUUUAACUUACAGCCAAAAGCAUUUGAAUGGCAUUAAAUCUGUUUUUUAUGGACUAAAAAACUACAUUUCUGGAAAAUCUGAUCAGACACCAUCUAGAAGUCAAGCAUCUCCUGAUAUAAGAAGUGCUCCUAGGAGUGGUCCUAGCAAUUUGGAGGCAACUAUAGACAGUUUUUCUAAUAAUAUUACAAGCGAAGAGCGGUUCAGUUCACAUCCUUCGACACGUUUACGUGGGUUAGAAGAGCCAACAUCAUCGGGGCCUGUUACAGAUAGUAAACGCAUUAAUGAUAUGCUGGAUGCUAAUUUAGAUGAAAUGCUGGUCUCCAUAUCCAGACUUAAAGGUCUUGGAGUAGCUCUUGGUGAUGAAAUAGAACAGCAAAAUGAGCUAAUUGAUACUAUUCAAGAUAAAGUGGAAGGAGCUGAUAUCAAAAUUGGAAGUCAAAAUAAACAAAUGAACAAAUUGCUUGGUAAAUAGUUUAGAUAAAAAAAAUAUAUAAUAAAUAUAUAUAAUAAUAGAAAAAUAAUAAUAUAUAUAAUAAUAGAAAAUACAUAAUGAUUUAUAUAAUAUUGAUGCACACCAUAAAUGUUAUCAAAACUGCAAU